CACGAACAGAAUAGUUAUAAAGAAUAACGGAAUAGCUUCUUUACAUUGCUGCAAUUAACUUAAAAACAAUGCAACGCGAGAUUUACUGGACAUAAAGGUGGUGGUUUUAACGGCUUAUUGCCCAGCGAAGUCCUUCCUGCUGGGUUGCUCUUAUUAACCCCGGUGUGUGACGCUAGUUUCUGAGCUAUGACAUGAGUAAAUGACUAAGCAGGUUCUAUGCUCCGAUUAAGGACUUCUGAAGAAUAAGAAAGGGGCUGUGAAAAUUUCCCCGGUCAGAUAAGCAGUGUUACAAAACAAUGACAGACUUCUUGAUGAGAUGCGCUGCCAAGAAAUCUGCAAGAAACUCAUCAACUGCAGAGGUGGCUGGGGCAUUGCAGGAACGCCUCUACUCACCACACUGUCUAAAGGCCAUCUCAGCUGUCUGCAGGCUCUGCUGGCCCACAGUACUCUGGUAGACUGUGUGGAUGUACAGGCUCAGACACCUAUCUUCACAGCUGUUCGUGGGAAAUACCUGGACUAUGUCUUAGCGCUCCUAGGAGCAGGCACCAACCCCAAUGGGAACUCAUCCAACAGCUGCUCCCCUGUCCUCACUGCUGCUCGGGAGGGGGAUGUGGAUAUAUUAAGGGAACUGCUUAAACACGGCGCUGAGGUGAACUCCCACUCCAAAGUCUUGCUGUGGAAUUCCUGUGUCUGGGUGUCGAGCGGGCCGCUCUACCUGGCUGCUGUUUACGGACACAUGGAGUGCUUCAGACUGCUGCUCCUCUACGGGGCAGACCCGGAUUACAACUGCACGGAUGCCAAGAUGUUGAGUUUUAUCAGGCAGCCCAAAACUGUGCUGGAGAUGUGCCUCAGGCAUGGCUGUGGCGUGGAGUAUGUCCAGCUUCUGAUCGACUUUGGUGCAAAUGUCUACCUCCCCACGCUGAUCAUUGAGAAGUCCACGAAGCAGAAUGAAGCCGUGGAGCUGCUUUUACGGGAAAGAGGAAAUCCAAAGGCUUUGACUUCACAGUGCCGACUUGCUGUCAGAAGACACCUCAAGAAGAUCAACAAGAUCCACUCUAUCGACCAGCUGGAAAUGCCAACAAGUCUCAUUAACUUCUUGCAAUAUGACAUAAUCCCAGUCACUGUUCUGUAGCUACCUGAAUGUGGAAGCAUGUUAGUAAAAUUCUUUUUUUUUUUUUCUGAUUAUGGACCCUUUGUAUUUUUUAUGACCUCUCUUUAUGUGCUGUUCAGUUAACCUUCAUUCUAAAGUGAGAACUAAGUGGUGUGUACUUCUGUUUGGUUAUUAGUACUUAACCCUGUAGCUACUGAAAGAACUCUCUGAAGGAAGCUUUUUCUGUAAGUUGUAACAUUUUGGGUUUAAAGUGCAUUAAAAUAAGUGCUAUGACUUG